AUGCCAGGCUUCAAUGAGAUACCUAGUGAAAUUUUACAGCAGAUUUUUGCAUAUGCUCAGAAGAAUUUCAAGUACAAGGAAAGCUGGAUGGUGCAAUACCAGCUUGUCUGUAAGAGAUGGAACCAAGUUGCAAGAACGUGUCUGUAUAGCACAGUAUAUAUAUACAGCAAUAAGGACAUGGAAAAAUUUUUACACUGUAUGAAAAACAGCAGCGCAGGGCGCCUUGCUCGAACCAUAUUUUUUGACAGAAGAUACAAAGAAUAUGAAACAGCAGAGCUUUACGUUAAUGAACUUGUUGAAGUCUGUCCAAACGUAGAACGCGUUAAGGGCUUCAUUAGGAACUAUGAUUUCUGGCGUGCUCUUGCCACUGCCGCAUCAAAGCACUGGCCUCAUAUAAAGGAACUUACUAACCCUUUUGACUUAACUGAACACCGCAAUUACUUUGAUUGUUACAACAUACUUAUUUCGCUUUUUCGUCAUUCACUCACUCACGUCUAUUUACCACCAGAGCAUCCUUCUACUCCCAUAAUGAAAGAACUCUGUCAGCGAUUACCAGAGUUUAGCAACUUAACGCACUUGAUUAUCGACAAGAUGGAAAUCUUUUGGUCACUUAUAGACUAUGAUGAAAUAAUCCAGCUUUGCCCUAACUUGACAUCUUUAAUCGUAAACUCAAAGACGCCUUAUUCGGAUGUGGGGAGCAGAAUACCUACCACACCUGAAAUAUUGUCUACACAACCACAUAGAAACAUCAAGUCUUUACGCGUGUGUCGGGUCAGUCAUCUAGGCAUUGUUGAAUACAUCAUGCACAAGUUUCCCAACCUUCAGAAUCUGGAGUUGAUAUCUUACAACUAUCCCCGUUUUGAAUAUCAAUUGGAGAGCUACUUCGAUAAUAUCGGCGAUAGGUUUAUAGAAUAUCUAAACUCAAUACAAACAUAUGAAAUUAAUGCAACGGGGUCAUUUUCUUUGCUUGAAGCGUACGUAAAACACAAACCCAACGCACACAUUCAUCUUUACACUGCGCUGACUCGCUUUCCAAAGCUUUACUUGAAACAGACAAGUAUAGAAAAAACACCAUAUAUAUGUUUAAUUGACAUGCUGGAGAAUAAAGAAAAGUUCUUACAAACGCUCAAAAAAUACCAACAUAAUGUCACAACGUUUACCUUGAGUCUGGAACGAGGCCAUAGCAACAGUACCGUAUGGAUUGAAGAUAUUCUCACUACCUGUACGCAAAUGAAGACGUUCCACUACGGGGCAUCUAAGUCUUUCCAGCCGCCAUCACAAGCUGCAAUAGAUGCAAAUGUGCCUUUGAAUUCGACACUAGAUACUCUUACACUGAGAGUGCGUGCCGUAGAAAGUGGGUCACUUGCUGGUUACUUGCGUCUCUUGCCAUCA